UCGGGCGCGGUUCGUCGCGCUCAAAAGAGCGCAAUCAAUUAAAUAAAUCAGUAAAAUCCAUGCGAAAAUCACUUUCAACUACAAAUAAACGUAUGUGUAAAAUGUCGUGGUCUACAGUAUUAUGUUACCACCAUGAUGAUCCAAUUCAAUUAGUUGGCACACUAAAUGGGGGGCAGAGUUUUAGAUGGACUCACGACAAAGAAAAAGAUGAAUGGACGGGCGUAUUCUCUAAAACAAUCUGGAAACUGAAACAAGAUGGUCAUCAUUUGCUGUAUCAAGUCAAGGGAUCACUACUAGGUGAACUUGAUUGUUCUAGAAUGCUUAAAAAAUACUUCCGUUUAAAUGUUACCAUAAAGCAUUCUUACAAGAGAUGGUCAGAAAAAGAUGAGCUCUUCAAAACUGCCUACCAACAACUCCAUGGUAUUCGAAUGCUUCAUCAAGAACCAGUAGAAAAUUUAUUCUCGUUUAUAUGUAGUCAAAACAACCACAUAUCAAGGAUAUCAAGUAUGGUGGAAAAGCUGUGUGAACAUUUUGGAGAAGAAAUAAGUAUAGUAGAUGAUGUCGCCUACUACUCAUUUCCUGAGGUGGAGAAAUUGGCCAAACCUGAGGUGGAAGCAAAACUAAGAGAGCUUGGGUUUGGAUACAGAGCCAAGUUCAUUCAGAAGUCGGCAGCCCAGAUAGUAGAGUGGGGAGGUAUUGAAUGGUUCAACAGUCUACAGGAUAUGACAUACAAAGAUGCGAGACAGGAGCUGAUGAAGUUGUAUGGAAUUGGGCCAAAGGUAGCAGACUGCAUUUGUCUGAUGUCCCUGAACCACUUAGAAGCGAUUCCCGUGGACACCCAUGUAUAUCAGAUAGCUGCACGGAAUUACCUGCCACAUCUGAGAGGAAAGAAGAAUGUUACAGAGAAAAUGUACAUGGAAAUUGGGGACCAUUUCCGAAAUUUGUUUGGGGAGUGGGCAGGCUGGGCUCACACUGUACUUUUCUGUGCUGAUUUGAAAAAAUUACAACAAAAAGAGAAUGACAGUGAGGAGCCAAAACAGAAAAAGAAACGAAAGAAAUAAAUUUCCCUAUUAAAAUAAAUUUUAAAAUGAAACAA